AUGUGGACCUUGGGACUAAAAUCACCAAUGUUUAAUGGUAUUGGCAUAAAGGGCCCAAUCGCACAGUCAGUGGUGCUCGAACAUCAAAACUACAGCCUUCAAUGCUUGAUUGUACUCCUAACAUUCCAGUUUUCCGCUGCUCGAAACUGUAGCAGCUGGAACCAACGUGUCUGUGGUACACGGUUUAAAGCUGAUAAAUUGAAACAUUUUACCAUGCUGCGAACACGUCGAAACACCGUUCAAACUGAAACUUGCAAAUCCUUGAGAGCUAACAAUUUGAGUGAACGCAGAAUGACACGACUUUCAACACUGAAGCAGCCAACAGUACGCAUAGUGGAAGAGGAACUAUCCGACAAAAUUCUCAAACCGAAACGAAGAACUGUGUCAACGAAGAAGCCCACAAUUAACCAUAUAUCAUCUCCAGUUUCGCGGACGACCGUUCUAGAACAUAACCAAGCGUCUCCACUUACUUCGUGUUUGGGGGUAGAUGAAUCAAAUGAACAACUGGUUGGACGAGAAAAGGAGCGCCUUUUUGUUCGUGAUUUCAUUCGAAAUUGUCUCGUCCAAAAUCGCAGUGGCAACCUGUAUAUUAGUGGAGCCCCGGGGACGGGGAAAACGGCUGUGGUUUUACAUGAAGCUUACCAUUUCGAAGUUGCCGAGAAGUGUCGUGUCGUGCAUGUCAACUGUAUGCAGCUUUUAUCCGCUGUUGAGGUGUUCGGCCACAUAUUCUCUUCAUUGCAAAAAAGGUCAAAUGGAAAAGAGAACCGAUUAACCACCGUGGAUUCUACGGCUGUGGAAAAUGCUUUGUGUAAAGUAACCAGGUCUGCUCUGGUCAUACUAAUUCUUGACGAAGUUGAUCAACUAUCUUCGAAGAGUCAGGAUGUUUUAUACCGUAUUUUUGACUGGCCCAGCACGAUAUCUUCUAAACUGGUGAUCAUUGGUAUUGCUAACGCCCUGGAUCUUCCCGAACGUCUUUUACCACGCCUCAAGGGAAAAGCCCAUCAUCCGGUACACCUAGCAUUCCCUCCGUACAGUCGCACUGAACUGACAGACAUUGUCAGUGCACGCCUGUCGGUAUCACAACCGGGUGCGACUGAAUCUCAGAUAGAUCCUCUGGCUAUUCAGCUGUGCGCACGAAAGAUUUCUGCAUCAACGGGUGACGUUCGGACAGCCUUGAACAUUUGUCGCAGGGCGAUUGAUCUAGCCGUCCAGGAAUCACGCGCCUGUACUCCCGGUUCGGUCGCUGCUAACACAACAACUACACCAAAUUGUCAAACGCCCACACUCAGGCAUAUCAGUUUGGCGCUUCAGGAAUCCAAGGGUUACGACACCUCAUUACGACCGGCUGCUGCCACCCCACAUGCGGAAUCCGUCAACAACCAAACGGACAUUCCACUACAUCACAAACUGGUUAUCGCCAGUGCCUACCUCAUCCGCAAACAAAGGAAUCAGCGGGAGAUAUCUUUCGGUCAACUUUGUGAAACAUACUCAUACAUUUGUACGAGUCGGCAACUCACCCGACUUGAAGAAUCAGAGUUGGCCGCGGUUUGUGUUCUUUUGGACGCACGUGGUCUCAUACACUUCACUGCUGGGAAGGCAGCUCCUGCCACAAACCUUGGCACGCCGGCGCGAUUUCGACGAGUUCGACUGAGGCUGGACGAUCGGGGAGUUGAGCAGAUUUUAUCAGAUAACAUCCUCUUUUCCGCAAUUCUGCAUUUAACUUUGUCUAACUGACCAUUUUAAGGUGACUAAUUAUGGAUCUUUGCAUUUCUUGCACUUGCUACCUUAUGACUGGACUUCUCGACGAUCAGUCGUUAUCUCCACAGCAAGUUCUGUCAAACUUUCAAGGUUAUCCAGCUAUUUCUCUACUCAUUUACUGCAAGGUUACCUCAGCAAAAUUGAACCUGGUGCUCCUUUCGAUUAAUCCUACUUGGUGUCCGUUAUUUUUAUGUACUAUGUAAUGUGUUUUUCAUAGUAGAAACCGGAGUUAUUUCCUGUCAGGAUCAAGAGAAAUCAGUAGGUCGUUAUUUGUUUUCGUGAUACUAUAAACGAACAAGAGUAUUUUCAUUGUUGCCCCAUCCUGGGUUAUUCUUUACAAGGCCAGAUGUGAAUAGUACGCCCUACCAUAUUCAGCCUUCUCUGUUGUGGACUGGAGCUGUUUUUAAUCCCUGUUUCGAUUAAAUUUUAUGGACCAUUUGUCCUAGAGUUUUCAAUGUUUGCUUCUGGGAUGAUCUGCUUGCCACCUGCUGUUGGGUGGUGCUAUAGAGCUGUCUUGGUA